CGCGUGUACAUGUGUGUACAUGUGUGUUUGUGUUAGUGGCCUGUCAUCCAGACUCAGCCUCGUGCAGCGAUGAUCGCAGAAUAACGGGUUUCUCCUGCUGGACAUCGUCUCUCUGAGAUAAUCCUGAAACAUGGACGGAGGACAUUUUGGCUACUCCCGCGACUACCUGGACCGCUUCAUCCAGAGCCAGGACUCGUCUGUGGUGAACAAGUUCCAGCAGAGGUACUGGAAAACCAAGCAGACGCUCAUCAAGGUCACCGGCAAGAAGGAGGACGAGCAUGUGGUGGCAUCGGACGCCGAUCUGGACGGCAAGCUGGAGGUCUUCCACUCCAUCCAGAGGACGUGCAUGGAGCUGCUGAAGGUCAUCGAGCAGUACCAGAGGAGGAUCUGCUUUCUUUCCCAGGAAGAGAACGAGCUGGGUCGCUUCCUGCGCUCCCAGGGCUCGCAGGAUAAAACCAGGGCUGGAAAGAUCAUGCAGGCCACAGGGAAAGCCCUGUGCUUCUCCUCCCAGCAGAGAGUGGCUCUGAGGAACCCUCUGUGCCGGCUCUACCAGGAGGUGGAGACCUUCCGCUAUCGAGCCAUCUCAGACACCUGGCUGACUGUGAAUCGCAUGGAGCAGUCGAGGACCGAGUACCGCGGGGCGCUGCUGUGGAUGAAGGACGUGUCCCAGGAGCUGGACCCAGACACGCACAAGCAGAUGGAGAAGUUCCGCAAGGUCCAGGCCCAGGUGCGAUCCAACAAAAGCGGCUUUGACAAGCUGAAGAACGACGUGUGUCAGAAGGUGGACCUGCUGGGAGCCAGCCGCUGCAACCUCCUGUCCCACGUCCUGACCACGUACCAGACGACACUCCUGCACUUCUGGGAGAAGACGUCCCGCACCAUGGCAGCCAUUCACGAGAGCUUCAAGGGCAGCCAGCAUUAUGAGUUCUCCACACUGAAGACUUUGAAAGACCCCAAGGACAAGCUGGUGAGAAAGAAAGGGAAGAAGAAGAGUAAAGUGGAGGCUGAGGACGGAAAGAAAACUGAGAGGACAGAUGAGCAACUCGUCUCACUAGAGAGUGAAAACACCAGUGACAAGACGGAGGAAGGAAACGAGGGUCCUCUCUCAUCGUGUCCAGAGCUGGAGGGCGAGGAGGACAGCUUGGCCCUUCUCAAAGAGAUCCUGGGCGGUCUGUCUGUGGACGAGGGGGACUUCUCCCGGGAGUGGACCGAGGUGUUCGGGGACAGCGAGGACGGGACGAGCGCAGCGGCAUCCAGGCGCCCAGCAGACGCCCGGCCAGAGGAGGACGACUUCUUUCUACCGUCUCAUCUGCUCGACCAGAGCUUGAACAAUCUGCACUCGUCCCUCUCAGAUUGGGCCGGCGGCGCUCCACAGGCUGUCACCCACACACCGGAGCCCUCGUCUGGGACCAGUCAGAACACUGCCAGGCCUGCGGUGAAAGAGAAAGCAGCGGCGUCCAAAGACCUGUCGGCGUGGUUCAACCUGUUCGCCGACUUGGACCCGCUCUCCAAUCCCGAUGCUGUCGGCAAAACUGACUCGGUGCACGAACUUCACACCGCAUAGUUCCCUCUCUUCUCCAAUGGGAACGUUCACUAGUGGGAACAGCAGCAUACUGCUUCCACUGUGGCCAGAGAAAUAUCUGCUAUAAGUUAUUAAUCAGCAACUAUGACAAUAAUAUAAAUGAUUUCAGUCGCACUUCCAGUAGAAAUUUUGUCCACGGAUUUUCCUGUUUUCUUCGAUUUUGACCCGUUUGCAAAAAAAAAAUCAAUCAUAAAAAAUCUAAAUGAAUCUGUAAAUGCAGAACUAACUUGAACCAUUCUUUUAUAUAACAUUAAUAUCCUUUGGUGUAACAAUAACUAUUCUUAGACCCACUAAUAUGCUGUUAUAACCAGAAACGUUAGUAAAAAACAACAAGGCUGCUUGUUUUAAUAACAAAUAUAUGAUAUUGAGAAUAAUAAGACGAAUUCCUCGUUCUAACAAGGAACAUUUUCAGAUUUUCCUCCUCCUAGUUGCAGCAGCAUUCUGCUGGAGCGUGUCCCCACUAAUCUCCACCAGCUCUCGUGUCCUUUCCGUUGUGAAAGAAAACAAACAUUUACAACACAACCUUCUCAGGCCUGUUGUGUAUUUAUCUUGGUGAAGCACUGAACGUUUAGCGUGGAUACCUCAGAGAGAGAGAGAGAGAGAGAGUCUGGAACAGAACAAUAAACCUUUUGACGUUCACUGCCUUGGAGCUUUUGAGUCUCUCGUAGCAUUCAUGAUUUAUUUCUGAUUCUCAUUACUGCAGAUCGCAAACAGACAAGACUCCUCGGACUUAAUGAGAAACAUUGGGGGGGGGGGGGGGGGUGGAUGACAAAGAUCACAGUGCAAAAGUUCAUGUUUGCAAAGUAGUUCAUGACGCUGGGUGAAGGGAAGUUAAUGAAAUAUCCAGAAGUAUAUUUUUCUGCCAUUGAUGGAUUAAACUGAAGCUGAAAUCAUAUUUCUCGUCACAUUUGAGUGAAGUGGAUGAAUCCAGGUUUUCCUUUCUAGGAUUAAUGCCCUGAAACCUUCUCGCUACAGCUGUUGCAUAUAUCCCAUGUGUCACCACAGAAUUCGACAGCACAUAAAUACACAUUAGUGUUGCAUGUUGCAUGAGGAGUUGUUUUGUUUUCCAGUAUAAAUAUCCAU